AUGACUGUGCAGCUCAUUCCCGAAAUUGUGGAAAAACGAGACAAGCUCCCCGGUGGUGCGCGGCGUCCGCCUGGUGAGGCAGUUGAGGUAGGAGGACAAUGUCAGCAGGGGAUCCUCGCCGCCGCAGCUGGGAGAGAGGAUGGUGGAAAGGGUAUCACCUGUUUUGGGGUCAUCAGGCAGAUCCUCCCUCUUGAAUCCCAUGUUGACAGAGCUCUUGAGGCAGAUGUCGCACGGGUCGAAGGGAUGAGUGUCGAACCUGGAGUCAUGGGCGUCGGUCAGGAAGGCUUGGAGGGGGGGACUUUUGGGGAGACACACCAUGGCCAUAUUCAUGAUUAUGCCAGCCACCUUUAG